UUAAUCGAAAAAAUACCCCAACUACUACUCCUCAUCCCUGUUUCUCGUCACGUCAAAAUAACAUUGUGCAUGAUGUUUCUUUUUCUUGAAAUUAUUUAAAUUAUAUAAAUAUUUGUGAGAGUCAUUUUCGUUGAAAAUUUACCAUGGUUCUUUCUGAGAGAGGAGUACAAGAUAUUCGAAGUGGUCGGCGGUCUCGUGCAGCAUCCCCGGUUGGACCAUAUUCCGAUGAAAGUAGCACGACUGACGAAUCCGAAUAUUCUAUGAAAAUUGGUCCUAUGUAUCAGGCAGUUAUUCCUGACCUGAUAUCUGAAGGACCAUGCCCAUCUAGUGAAAGUGAAAAUGCUCUUUUGGUUUGGGCACCUUGUUCUACAAUUGAUGACGAAACAUUGGACAAAUAUAUUAAUGAAGCAAAGGAAAAAUAUGGAUACAAUGUAGAGCAGUCUCUUGGAAUGUUGUUUUGGCACAAAUAUGACUUGGAAAAGGCUAGAGCUGACAUCCAGAACUUCACUCCAUUUCCAGACGAAUGGAGUGUAGAAGACAAAGUUCUUUUCGAACAAGGCUUUCAGUUCCAUGGAAAGAGUUUCAAUAGAAUUCGCCAAAUGCUGAGAGAUAAACCACUUUCAAGUUUGAUCAAAUAUUAUUAUUUAUGGAAGAAAGCUAGAUCACGGACAAGCCUUAUGGAUCGACAGGUUCGCAAGUUAUCUGCACAGAAAGAUGAUGGAAGUGGAUCAGAAGCCCCUUCAGAUAAUGAAAGUGACAUGGACCCAGACAAAGAUAAUAAGACAGAAGGAAAAGGCAAUUGCUCAAAUUGCAAUGUUUCUGCCCAGUUAUACAGCACAGCUAAAGGGGCUUUAUGUAAUGCCUGUACACAAUAUUUCAAGAGGACUGGUAUAUUGCGUAGCUCAGGAUCUAUGCGAUCUGCUCGUCACAAUCCUGCUAGAAGUAAAAGAAAACCACCUCGUGGUAUGCAUUUAAAUUAUGAUGACUUAGUAGCUAUAGUUACAGCUGGAAAUGGUGAAGAAGAUGCUAUUCUGCGUAGUAUGGACUGUGAAAUUAUUUCGUUUAAAAGACAGGUCCAAAAUAACAAACAAAUUAUUAGUCAGUUAAAACACAAAAUGGCUGCAGGUAUUGACGCAUACCGACCACCAGAAGGUGGAAAUAGAGUAAACAAUCGGUGGCUUAAUGAUGAACUGCUUCUAGCUGUGCAAGGUAUAAGGAAGUAUGGACGGGAUUUCAAGGCUGUUGCUGAAGUUAUUGGAACCAAAAAUGAAGGAAGUGUUAGAAGUUUUUUUGUAAAUUAUCGUAGACGUUUCAAUUUGGACAAUGUUUUACAAGAAUAUGAUGCUGAACAUGGUACAAAUGAAGAAACAGAAGAAAAGAUGGAGACAGAAAGUGUACCAUCAGUUGGAAACAACAGUCAUCCCAAUUCCCCUGGAAAUCCACCUCAAGCUGCACCACCUCUUUUACAUCCUCCUCAGAGUCCAUCAAAUAGUUCCAAUACUAAUGGUCAGCAGAGGUUGUGUCCACCUGCUCUUCAGCAAGCCAGUUCUGCUAGAUAAAUUUUCACAGCUUCUAUAGACAUGAGCAAAUUAAUUGUAUACUGCUAUUUACUUUUAUGUGCAUCUUGUUUUGUAUGGUCUGAGUUUGUUAAUGAACGAUUAAAUUGUACAAAAGCGUAUAACAAUGGCAGUUGAAUUUGACUGAAAGUGAAAUUCUCCAAAGUGUACUUUUACAUGAUUGUUAUUGUAUUCCUGUAUACAGUAACAAAUCUGCACAGAGUGCUUGAAGAAAUUAUCACUCCAUAUCACCUCAUCCUCUGUUAUUUUCUGUCUGUGGGCGGUUCAUUUAACCGAUUUCCCAUCUUGUAUAAUUCACGAUUAAAAAAAGAAGGAAAAAAAUUAUAUGAUUAUUUAUUUUCUUUAAAAAAUUCUAAGGAAUAGUUUCUGUUUAUUAAUAUUUUGAGUGCAUCCGAUUUUCUUCUUUUAAAUAGAAUUAGGUUUAAUUAAAGAAUUUUGAAUUUGUAAGGGCUAUUGAAGAAAUGUCAUUUAAAUUUUUUAUAUCAUGUCAGCUCUAAUUAUAUGAAUAUUAAUGCUUUGGGAGAAAAGAGCAUGUGUUUAAAAUGCAUAUUUUUGCAAAUUAAUAUUUGAAAGUUUAAAUCACUGUCAACAAAAUUUCAAGAAGCAAAAAUAAAACAAGAGUAUAGAAAUGAGAAAUUGUUAAAUAUGUCUUAAUAAUUCAGAGAAAAAAAAUUGACUUAAAAUUCUAAAGCCACGAGGGAAGAAACUGACAUAUGCUCAUUUUAAUGAUAAUAAGAUUCAUGUAUCAUUGGAAUUGGGUAACUUCUUUCUUUUGUAAUGCUUCACCAGUCUAUAAAUGUGACAAACCAUCCUUUAAUGGCAACAUGAUAGAAAAUGAUGGGAUAGUCUAAUUUUAAAUACAAAAACAUUAAAAAAUAACAUAUUGGUGCACUUGGGGAAAAAUGAUUCAGCCAUCUAGAAAUAUGAUAAAAUAAAUCAGCAGAAAAAGUCAAUUCUGUCUCUUGAAAGAUGAAAGAAAGAAAGUUGAAUGUUGUGGCAUAUUGCUAUGAUUUGUAAAAUAGAAAUGUUGGUUCAUAAGUUACUGAAAUAAGAUUACUUUCUCUAUGUUAAAUGUUUGAAUUGUUCACAAUUUUCUAUGACAGAACAUCUUUAUUAUUCAGUAGUUAGUUGCAAAAUAUUGUUAAACAUUUUAUUAAA